AUGUCAAAUACCAAUUGGACAUGGCACGAUGGAACGGAGGCAAGCUAUUCUCACUGGGGAACAGGCGAGCCGAAUGGACACGGGGGUGGGGAAAUUUGCGCGGAAAUGGUGACUACUGGAUUUUGGAACGAUGUCAACUGCGAGGAGCCUCCCCGUGGAUACCUCUGCGAGGUUCUCCUAACCCGAGGUAUAAACGAAAAUGGUGAGAAAGGAGGGAUGUCAGGGGCUGCCAUCUUCGGAAUAGUGAUUGCUACUUUCAUCGCGGUGGGCAUCGCCGUCUUCCUCCUCCACGCUGCUCUCUUCCGACCCAAGAGAAUGCUUGCCAUCAAGCGAAAACUUGGCUUUGCCAAAGCCAGUAACAAUGAUGAACGAUAUUACUUGAACCUAUGAGUCAUACGUACCUUGUUAUGCGUUUUUUUUUCCUUUUGAUUGUGACUGUGAUCUCGAUCAAUUAGCCAGAUCCGGUGAUGUGAUCUCCCCUACCAUUAAACGUUGGGAGCCCCUCGAGUUAUAUAUUUUGUUGUUGCAAUAAUUCCAAUAAAAGACAAUACAUGUGGGAACC